AUGUCCUGCAAUCCCACACACUUCCUGAGCCUCGGUGACGAUUUUUGUCAGAUUCUGGUUUUCAGAGCGAACAAGCGAUCUGUGGAAAGCCAGGCCCUGGUCUGUCAGAGACCCCAGACUCAGGAGGCUCACGGGAGGAGGGGUUCUGCUCAGGAUUCGGGGCAAACCUCUCACAGGAACUCUCUUCCAGGGCUGAGUGUGGGCCCCAGGACCCGAGUGCAGGCAGGGACCCUCCCCAAACCCACCAUCUGGGCUGAGCCAGGCUCUGUGAUCCCCUGGGGGACCCCUGUGACCAUCUGGUGUCAGGGGAGCCUAGAGGCCCAGGAGUACCGCCUGCACAAAGAGGGAAUGUUAAAGACUUGGGACAGACAGAAGCCACUGGAGCCUGGGGACAAGACCAAGUUCUCCAUCAAAUACAUGACAGAUGUAGAUGCAGGACGAUAUCUCUGUAACUAUCGCAGUCCCACUGGCUGGUCAGAGCUCAGUGACCCCCUGGAGCUGGUGGUGACAGGAUUGCAGGACAAACCCCAGCUCUCAGCCCUGCCCAGCCCUGUCGUGACCUCAGGAGAGAACGUGACCCUCCAGUGUGGCUCAUGGUUAGGAUUUGACAGGUUUGUUCUGAUGAAGGAAGGAGAACGCCAGCCCUCCUGCACACUGGUCUCCCGGCGAGCCCCCAGUGGGGGGUCCCAGGCCCUGUUCCCUGUGGGCCCCGUGACCCCCAGCCCCAGGUGGGCGUUCAGAUGCUAUGGCUAUUACAACAACACCCCCCAGAUUUGGUCGCACCCCAGUGACCCCCUGGAGCUGGUGGUCUCAGGUCACAAGUACCAGAGAAUUUUGAUCCAGGUCCCUGUGAUCUUCCUCGUCCUGCUCUUCCUUCUCCUCUUCCUCCUUAUCCGACACCAGCACCAGAAAAAACGCUGCAAGUCAGGUGACUCACAUCCUGAAGUUGACACCAGAACCCUGCAGAAAAGCUCCAGCUCCGUGGCUCCUGUCCAGGAGGAGAAUCAGAAUGCUGAGGUGAGAGAGUCCCAGCCUGAGGAAGACAUACAGAUGGACAGCCAGGCCACAGCAUCUGAAGACCUCCAGGAUAUGACCUAUGCCCAGUUGAACAGCUUGAAUCUCGGACAGCGGACAAGUGCACCCCCUUCCUCCCAGUCAACGGAGCCCCCAGCAGAGCCCAGUAUGUAUGCUGCUCUGGCCGUCCACUAGCCCGGGAAAGACCCAGACCUCACACCCCAUGGAAGGGGGAUUGCAGAGACCCCAGGAGGCCCUGGGGCUGCCCCCCCAGCCCCGUGGACACUCAGCUAAUGCCCCCAGGCCUGGGGACCUUUCGUAAGCAAGCAGGAUAUCCUGGAGCUUUAGAAAUCACUUAAUUCUGCAGAUAAAGAUAAAUAUCAGCUCCAUUUCUAACAACAACAACAAAAAAAACCGGCAGGUAAGAGAAGCAAACCACAAAUGAAGAUAAGACUUUUUUUUUUUACUUAAAUGACAAUGCAAAUAUUCUACAUCAACACAGAUUUUUAUUUACAUGGUCAUGUAAAUGCCAGAUGCCAAGAUCAAAUGGGAAAAUUAUGAAUGAAAUUAUUAC